CUGUUACUGUUGGCUGUUGGUCUGUCUGUGGGUCUCCCGUCGCUGCUGCUGCUGGGUCUGAUGGUGUACUGUCUGUGGAGGAAAGGGAAAGGCCAGAGUGAAUACCAGGAGCUGCUCUCCACAGUGCCUUCAGUGCCAGCGUGCUCUGCUCCGGUGAUCCUGGUCUCUCAGUGCUCCUGGGCCACGACCAGUGAGAUCCCUUUCACCUUGCCUCCACGCUUCACGACACAAAAGCAUGGUGAUCUGAAGACGGAGGAGGCGGAGGAGAAAGAGGAGGGGGAGGUGGAGAUGAAGAUGGAGACUCGGCGGGACAUACUAGCCCAUCGUGGGUCACUCUCAGUAAGGAGUCGGUACCCAGUGGGGAUGGUGCUUGCUGGUCUCUACUCUGUCCCUCCUCUGAACGAGGUGGUGGCCCCUCCACCCGGCAUGGCCACGCGCCUCUGCUUCUCCGUGGAGUACCGACACGGCAGCGAGCAGCUCAUGGUCUCCUUGCUCCGACUGGGCAACCUCCCUCCCCGUUUCCACGGCAACGUCACGCUGGUGGAGCUCCGGCUUCUCCCUGACGACCGACGGCCCCGCCAGGCCAAGGCCCGAGGCACGGGGCCCGACCCAGAAUUCAACGACUUCCUCAUUUUCCAGGUGUCAGGGGUGUGUGUGCCCCAGAGCACCCUGAGCGUCUACGUUUUGAGUGUGGAGCAAGACGGCAAACGCCACGCGGUGGGCAGGGUGCUGUUUCCUCUGGAGGGGGAGCUCGGUCAGGCCGGCAGGGUGCUCUGGAGAGACCUGGAGACCGAGGAAGACACACAGUGUUCAGAGCUGGGUGAUGUGCGGAUAUCUCUCAGCUACAGUCCGACUCUGCAGCGCCUCUCUGUGGUGGUUUUGAGGGCUCGAGGCCUACAGCUGCUCACAGACACAGGUGUGUGUGUCCAGGUGAGCUUACAGAUACACACUCAGAUGGUGAAGAUCAAGCGCAGCUGUUUGGUGAAGGGUGAAACCGACCCGCACUUCAACCACAGGAUGACCUUUAAGCUCCGCUCGCAGCACUUGGACGAGGCCUGUCUGAGGUUCGAGCUGCAACAACCAAAUGACAUCCGCUCAGAGCCUCCGGCCCUGCUGGGAGUUCUGGUAUUGGGUCCCUUCAUGUACGCAAGGGGCCCACAGCUGCAGCACUGGAUGGACAUGGUCAACACACCACAGGAGCCGGUCAUGCUGUGGCACGGACUGUGCAGGGCCUCUUAA